CUUCAUUCAUUCGCGAUCGGCGGUACGUGACCUGGAACGACAUCAAGCAUAAUAUUAUGCAUGUUUUCGGGUGUUAACUUUUUUCUAUUUUUAUUUUUGGAGCCGUGUCAUUAAACAUCUCCCAGAUCAUCUGCACGUUUUAGAGGGUGUAUCUCUGUAAGGGGACCCAACUUUGCGCCGAGGUGCUUCUUCGAUGAACAACGUCACAAGAGGGAAAUAAAGGGCAAGGAUCAUAAUAUUAACCCUACGCUAACCACGCUUCCUACGUUCGUGGUAAAAUUUUGGAAACUGGGUUCCUGAUCACUGGAUCGGAAUAUCAUUGUUGAUAUUUUUAGAAGGGCAGCUUGACAAUAUUGCACAAGACAAACCCAGGCUAUGGUUUACAUACAACCCUCGUCGUUAUACAUGCAAGCUUCUUUCUGAGGACUUUCGUCUGGAAGUGUUUGUUCUCGUUGGAAAGCUGUUUAUUUUUCUCUCAACAACAUUUCGCAAAAUGCCAUUACCCGCUGAGGUUAAAGGGCUAAUAUUUGAUUGUGACGGGACAUUGCUGGAUACGAUGCCUUUGCACUGGAAAGCUUGGUGUGCCAUCUGCAAGGAAACUGGUUUAAAGUUUGACAAGGAGAGCUUUUUCGCUCUUGCAGGAGUACCUGGGAGAGAGAUUAUUCGCGAACUGGCAAACCAACAAGGAAUCAGUUUAGAUCCUCUCGAAGUGUACGCUCAGAAGAGAGCUUUCUUCUUGAAAGGACUUAAAUCUGUCAAAAUAAUUCCUUGCGUUGUUCGCUUUGUUUUGGAAGCUCGAAGACUUGGUAUACCGACAGCAGUAGCGUCUGGGAGUUCCCGUACUCAAGUUGAACGAGCUCUCAUAGAAGCUGGGAUUCGUGACUUAUUCGACGAAAUUGUUGGAAACGAAGAUUAUCAGAAUGCGAAACCUCAUCCUGAAGCAUUCCUCACAGCUGCAGAAAGAUUGGAUGUAAACCCACAAGACUGCUGGGCGUUUGAAGACUCGGACAUUGGAAUAGAAGCAAUUAAGAGAGCUGGAUUUGCAAAAUUUGUGGAUGUGCGGCUCUUAGAAGGGUAUCCAGUGGAAGGUAGACUUGAAAGUAAAGGCUAGAAACCAAGAGUUCCUGAAAUGAAUAUAUACAAGCUAUGUUGUGAGUUGCUGAAAAAGUGAUACAAAGAACCUGACCAGUAGAGAUGGCCUGCUCAAGUUUCAGUGCUGACCAGGACAACUUCAGAAUGGAGAUCCCCAACACUAGCAGUCAAAGAUGAUUGUUAAAAAAUGUGCUUACAUAUGGGGAAUUUGUCAUGAUCAUAAAUUCCUUGUUAGCAGGAAGAAAUGCAAGCAAAACAGGAGGUUGUAAUCAACACUUGCAUGAAAGAACAGUCAAGAUUUAGGAGGGUCCAGUGCCCUUUUGAGAUGCAGAACAAAAAACAUUGCAGAAGGUUAUUUCAAUUGAUAUCUAUUAUUUGAUUUAUCUAAAAAUUGUUACCUGUAACUUCUCUUUACAUACAUCACUGCACCCCCCCUUUCCACAGGAAAAAAAAAAGACAAACAAACAAACUAUAGAAAAAAAGAUGAAAAAAAAAAGGAAAGAAAAUGCAAGCAAACAGACUAGCCAACAAAAAAACACUAGCCUUUUUUUAGGCCAUGAUAGUCAUGAAGCAAAAUUGAGGCAGCAGGGACAAAUGAUUUGUCACCAUGAAUGUUUUUACAAGAGAGAGUAAAUAUUGUUAAAUACUUAAAAAAUUUUAAAGUUGGGUUAUUUCAUUGAUUAUGUACAUUGAUUUAGAGG